AUGGAAUGCCCCAUUUGCCGGGCGAAUGAAAAUGGCACAUGGAGGAGGUAUUCUGAGAAUCACGGCCCUGAACAGAACUUGCAUUUUGAGAAUCAACAUGAGGACUACUUUCCAGAGCCUAUUUCUAUGAUUCCACCGGGAGAUCCUCACUCUAUUUGGCAGUGGGAUCUAUUAUUGUCGGACUAUCGAUUUGCUGUAGACCCCAAUGGUGGUAUUCCUAAUAAUCAUCAACCGACUGGCCCUUCUAAAGUAUCCGAACCAACAGAGAGUCCUCUACGUUCUGGAAUUUGUGAUGAUUGUAUCAACACACUUCUGUCAAGUGGCCAUGCUGGUCAUAGUAAUGGGGUUUCAGUUCCAGCUGGAAACCUGGGAAUUCCUAGUGAUGAUGUCAAUGCCAAUAUCCAUGUGAUUUCAUAAUUCCUCCUGCUGGUUUUGAUGGUAUACAGAAUGACAGGGGAAUGCCAACGGCCGCCUAUACAAAUGAGCAGGAGUAAGCUUUGAAAAACUUGGUUCAAUAGUGACCCCCCGGGAGUUAAUUGAAUUGGUAGUGUAGACAUUGACAUCAUCACUCACUCAAUGCCAUCUAAUAAUCUAUGUCGUGACUCGUGAGAGAUGCAUUUAAAUCUCCCAAGUCAUUUCUGAAACUUGCCCUUCAUAGUCUGUAGUUCACUCUUUCAGAUUUUACAUCGCAUCUUUGAUAUCUUACAUAUAUGCACCUCUUCUUUGUAGGAUCAUCGUUGUGCAUCAUUAUUACCCACAACGGCAGGCUGCAUCAUCUGUCCCGGAGAACCAGGAGGCUUCUGAGGUUCAUGAUCAAGAGGAAGUAUCUCGGGCUCACACCAUUUGAUAUCAAGAAUUCAGAAACCAUAUAUAAUUGUAGAACUAUUUAAUAAAAAGUAGUUUCUUCUUUGCCUUACCAAUAAGUCUGGCUGGUUAGCUCCAUCUGAUAUGGGACAAUUUGUUUCAUCCUAAAACUUUUGUAAGGAUCGAGAAAAAAACCCUAAGUAGAACGCGCCUCACGUGCGACUAACCUGCCCUUCUCCUCCUCUGUUUUCUUGCUUGUCCGGCUGCGCCUCCAUGCCAGCUCGGGCCUUUGGCCCUGCCGGCGUGCGGUGUGUGUGGCCGGACAGGACUGGUGUCCAUGGAUUACUCGAUGGUUGAACAACGGGAUCGUUUGGCGUGAUGGUGUCCAGAAACGGGUUGGUGGCACAGUGGAGUGGAGAUCAGAUCGUUUCCGAUCUGGAUUGCGGAGGGCUGAUCGGAUUUGCAGGCGGUGGCGCUUGGCAGUGUGGCGUCAGUUGGUGGUAGUUGUGUGGGAUGGGCAUAGCCGGCGACUGGGGUUCCUUGCUGCGUGUGCAGCGGUGAUGUGAUCAGGUAUUGGCGCGAUUCAAUCCUAGAUCUGUCCUAGUUUAUUGGAUUUCAAGGAUCGGGACUGUGGUUGUCGUCUGUUGCCGGCCUGGUGGCGGUGAUGUGAGGGUGACGCAGACUGGUGCCGUUGGGUUUGGAGGUUGUUGGGCCUGUGGGAUCUGCUGCGUUUGUGGGAUGGUUGGUGGACUUGGGCCAUGUCAUUGGGUUCUGUUUGGUCAGCCUGGUUUCGUAGGUUUGUUGUUUUAUUUUAUUUCUAUUAUUUAGUUGUUCAUGGCCUUAGGGCUUUAAUAAUUUCCUACCAAUUUUUGGUAGAGAUAGGUGGGCAUUGUCUUGAUAUGUACACUCAGCGUGUCUUGUCUGUUCUAAUGAGUCGGCGAGUUCCUUGCUUUGUCAAAUGGUUGCAGCCUCCUAGUGACAUGAUGAAAUUAAGUGUCACUGGUAGUAUCCUCCGGUGGCAACAUAGUGGGAAAGUUGGUAUUCUUGGUAUAUGGCUUCACGUGAGCAGUAUCUUUCCGGUAUAUCACCACAACUGUAAAGCAAAUGGAGUAGCCAAUGAUGCACUCUUUGCUAAAUGGUGCUUGUUAGAAUACAUAGGUUAUAUAGAGAAUCCUGAUAUUAUUUUGGGAUGUUCUCUUGAAACUUAUUGUAAUGUUGGGUUUAGGAAAAAUGUCCCCCUGUUAUAAAUAUUAUAUAUAUGUGGCUGUC